AUGAUCCCCUUCAUCCUCGCCCUGUUCCUCCUCGCCUCCUACCUCAUCUAUCACCAUGUUAUAUACCCUUAUUUUCUCUCCCCGCUGUCUUCAAUCCCAAAUGCUCACUUCACAUCCCCCUUAUCCAGUCGCUGGAUUGACCAUAAGCGCAGAACAUGCAAAGAAGUCCUCGCCAUUUAUGCUCUGCAUCAAAAGUACGGCCCCAUCGUCCGGCUCGGCCCAGAGGAACUGAGUGUCAAUUCCAUUCACGGUCUGAAAAUCAUAUACACGGGUGCUUUUGAAAAGCACGAUUUCUAUAACGAUGCCUUUGUCAACUUUCACGUUGCAAAUAUGGUCGGAAUGGUGCAUAAUUCGCCGCAUGCGCACCAGAAGCGCAUGCUGAGCAAGACCUUCUCCAAGUCGUUCCUCCAGGAAUCUAGUGAUCUUCAAACGAUAUCAAAGUUUCUUCUAAGGGAUCGGUUGAUGCCUAUUCUUAAGAAAGCGGGGGAUGAUAGAGAAGUGCUGAAUGUCCUACCGAUGUUCCAAGCCCUUGGGAUGGACUUCAUCUCCUCAUUCCUGUUUGGAUCGAGGCAAGGGACGAGGUAUCUGUUCAAUAUUACCGAGUGGAUGGUUUGGUUGGAGGAGUAUGAGAAAUUCAAGUUUCUCAGUCGGGAUGACCGGUAUAUGGGGUUUAUUGAGCAGUGGUGCAUGGGACUCUGCGAGAGGACGGAGGCGUCUAAAAAUGAGAAUGAGGAGGCCCUCAGCGAUGAAGAGAAGCUGCUGCCAUCCACAAAUCCAGUCAUCUAUGACCAGUUGCAGCAGAGCCUCAUUUUUCAAAAGGAACACGAUCCACGUCCGCUGAAUCUAGCAGUUGCGUCCGAAUUGCUGGACCAUUUAGUUGCAGGCCACGAAACGACCGGUAUCACAUUCACAUACAUGAUGUGGGAGCUAUCAAAGCAGCCAGAGCUUCAAACAAAAUUGCGAAAGGAAUUGAUGACCAUAUCUCCGUCCCUACGGUACUCAGACUUGAACAAAGACGGAGAGAAUGUCCUUCCUUCUCCUUCCGCCAUCGACGCCCUCCCCCUGCUUGACGCUAUGGUUCGCGAGACCCUCCGUCUGCAUGCCCCUGCACCAGCGCAACUCCCCCGCGUCACUCCAACCAUAGAGAAGGGCACUUCUAUACAUGGGUACGAUAAUAUCCCGAGCGGCGUAAGAGUUAGUUCAAGCGCCUUCUCCCUCCACCGAAUCGACGAGGUCUACCCGCAACCUGAGGAAUGGUUACCAGAGCGAUGGCUCCAUGCAGGCGAAAAUAUCCAUGAUAUGAGGCGGCUUUUCUUUGCUUUCGGAAGCGGUGGGCGUAUGUGCCUAGGAAGUAAUUUCGCAAUGCAAGAAAUCAAAUUGGUUAUGGCGGCUGUAUAUUCAAAUUUUACGACAACUACUAUCGACGAUGAAGGGAUCGAUCAGGUAUACGAAUUUAUUGCGCUGCCACGCUCAAGGAAGCUUAUGUUGAAAUUUACGCCAGUCGACCAUUAA